CACGUCUUAUAAAGAUAUUUCACUCUUAAAUGAGUGUCAAAAAAAAUAUAUAAGAUAAAAAACUGAUUUAUAUCAUGUAUCCUAAUUAUUAAAAUCGUAUAUAAAUUUUUAUAAAGCCAUUGUUAAUUAUUAUUAUUGUUUUUAAUUAUUAAAUGUCAUCGUAUUUGAACAGCAAAGUGAAAAUAUGUAUUUUUUUAAUAAAAUCACAAUCGCUGAUUUUUAAAUUUAUUUUACUGUUCAAUAGCAGCCAGGGGUUAUGACAAAUAGAUACAAAAAUAUAAUAAUUUUAUUAUUGACUACUUAUUAUUUUUAUUUUUAUGAUAUUCAAACAAAAUCAUCAUGUCAGAAAAGUGUAAGGAAUGCACUUGCGUAAAAUGCACAAUAAAUGCCAACAGAUUCAGCGACGUACAUUUACAUGCGGAAAUCGAACAGUUACGUCAAAAAUUAAAGGAAAAAGAAAAUUAUAUUGUUAAAAUAGAAACGCAGUACUUGAAGGAGGUUGACAAAUUUCCAAAUGGUAAAUUGGCGUCGAUGAAGAUUGAUUUACGUCUAUCGGAAGAAAAACAUGCACGACUAAUGGAGGCACAAAAGAGGAUGCUUAAAGUUAAUCAAAAUCUUGAAGAUAAAUUGCUGAAACUUGUUGAUAAAUGUGAGACUGAGAAGAGUGCCUUUAUUAAGGACAUAGCGACACUGUCACAUCGUUUGGCUGAUGCUAAUUUGACAAUUCACAGCUUGUCCCAAGACAAUGCUAGAUACAGAGCUGAUAUGAAUCUAGCUAUUCAAUCGCUUCAAUGUAAACCAUCCAAUUUCGUUGGACAAAAAUACGACGCUUUGCCACUAGAAAUCCAGUCACGAGUAAAACAUUACAUGAGUCAAAAGCGACGUUCAAGCGAUCAAUCACAAUCAGAAGUUAAAAGUAUAACUGUGCCAAUAUCAACCUUUCCACCAACGGCAAUGGUUUACAACAUAACAAAAACAAAUCCAGACAAGCACAGUGAUGACGAGAGUGACGACGGUAAACCACAAAUAGAUGUAGUUUCAGCAGCAAUUAUGGCCAAAGUCCUUGAGGAUCGGGAAAAGGAUCGUUUACUUGCUAAACAUUGUUCAACGUGUGUUUGUCAUAAGUCGAUUUUAACCGUUGAUUCCCAUACACAAACUAAUCCCGAUAAUAUUAUUUGUAAUAAGGUGCAAACUAGUCCAAAUAAUAACAGUAAUAAUAAUAAUAAUAGUAAUACUAAUAAUAACAAUAACAAUAAUAAUUACGAUUUAUGUAAAAGUGAUGAAACAAAAUGUCAAAGUUUGAAUGUUAAUAAAACAGGCGUAUGCACAAAAGUAAAUCAGGAUUUGCCAUCACAAAUAAAAAUUGAACGUCAAUCUAAAUCAACGCUUAAAAUAAAACAAAAUAAUAAACCCAAGAGGAUAGAAAUUCCAAUUGACAAUAUAGUAAUACAAAAAUCACAGGGUCAAGUUAAUCCUGUUGAUAUAAUAAACGAACGAAUAUGGCGAAAUAAUUGGAGCAAAUCGAAAUUGAAUUCUCCCCAGCUAGAAGCCAACAGCGAAUCGAAUAGUAAAAGUGACAUUCAUUUGGACGUAAUAAAUGAACGAAUUUGGAAGACAGAACCCCGUAAUAAUAUUAAUAACAAUAACAAUAACCAUAAUAAUAACAAUAAUAAUAAUAAUAACAACAACAACAACAACAAUAGCAAUCAUAGUAAUCAGGUGACAGUAAUCGAAGUUUCAAAUGAAGACACUGCGAAUCAAUCGCCAGAUUUUGCAGUAAGUCCGAGUUUUAGCAAUGACAGCGUUCUGAUGUCAAGCUCUGAGCCGUCAAGUAGCUCGAGUGAUCUAGUCCAAAUUAAUAAUGAAAAGCGACGACUACUCAGUCCAGUAAAUAAAGACCGUGUUAUUGGCCCGAGGAACUGUUUGAUGCGCGUGAGUCGUGAGGGAUCGAAAAAUAUUUUGCUAGACAACGCCGGUCAAUAUCAGACAGUUCUUUAUACGAGCUCUGGAAGUGGUAGCGGAAGUGCCAAUCAAACAAAUACAGCUCUCGUACACAAUCUUGCUAAAUCAACACGUUCUGGUAGAUCGCUGUCGACUAGCAGUGAAGAAGCUCUUCCUAUUUUAUCGAACGAUGCAACACAAUUACAGAGGGUGGCUGAGUGGGUUCAGUCAUCUGUUGGAGUUAAAAAAAUUCCGCAUACAAGAAACAGUAAUAGCAUUAUUAGUAAUACUAAUAAUAUAAAUAUUAAUAAUAAUAAUAAUAACAAUAAUAAUAAUAAUAUUAAUAAUACUGGUAUUAAGCCGAGCACAUCCAGUGAUAAUCUGACACAGCCACAAAAUAUCAAGAGCACAAAAUCGUCUUGUAUUAUUGAAAUACCGAAUACUGAUGAUCAUAUUAAUGAAAAUAAUUCAUUGAAGACGGCGUUCGAUAGUAAUAAAAGUAUCGCCAAUGAACUGGUUAUUAAAACACACGCGAUUGAUAAGAAAAGUUUAUUAAGUUGCAAUAAAAAACCAGAGAAUGAACAAGUUAAGGAUUUGAUUUGUUUCGACUCGACAAACGAAGACGACGGAGAGGACGAGGAUGGAAGAAAAAAUAAUUGGACAAGUAAUGAAAAAAAAUUAACAAGUGGUGAAGAUUGCGAAGUUAAAAUAACCAAAGAAAUGGAGGAAACUUAUUUGAAAUUAGCUGCCAGUCUUGAUCCCCGUACAUUGCGUUUGCCUACUAAUGUAAAUGCUGAUCUGACGAUUGAAAAGUAUCGUAAGGAUCAUAAAAAAAUUUAUAUGCAAAAAAUACAGGAAAAAACGGAAACUAAUACAUAACGUCGAGCUAUAAUACGUAUUAUUAAUACUGCUGUUACUGCUGCUUCUUCUUAUUCUUAUUCUUGUUCGAAUUCUUCGUCACCUUGUUCUACUUUUUCAUCAACUUUGUCAUCAAACUCGUUGACUUGUGAUCACAAUUCUGUACAAUAUUUUAUUUAUAAAUCAAGUCCUUGUGUUAAAAAAUAUUUAUUACGUGAUAAUGAUAAUUGAAGCCCGAAAUUAUAAUAUUUUAUUUUAUUAUUAUUAUUAUUAUUAAUUUGUUUUAAUAAUUUUUUAUAUAAAAUUAUUAUUAUUGUAGAUUGAUUAGAUUUAAUAGUUUAGAAAUUAUACCCUUUAAAAUGUAAUUUUAUACAAAUUUUUUAUAAUUUAUAAACUAUUGAACUCUAGAUCAUUAUAAUUUUAUUAAACAAAACAAAAAAAAUGAUAUAUAUUUACAAUUAAAAUUACCUCAACAAAAAAAUGAAAUAUAUAUAUAAAUACCUGUAUAGACACAAACUUUCGGGCUUUAAUUUAAUAAAUUAAUCAAAUAUAUUUACUUAAAAUUAAAAAUUAUAAUUAAGUAGCAAAUAUAAAAGCUAAUUUAUGCAAAACCGCUUAUUUUAAAAAAAUAAUUCGGCCUAUAAAAUCGAAAUUUUCUCUCAUUAAAUACGUGAUAUUUAAUAUACAUCUUUAGUUUGAAUUUAAAAAACAAAAUAACUAAACAUACAUACAUACAUACAUAAAUAAGUGAAAUUACGAGAGAAAAUAUUUAUGCUAAGAAGUUAUUUAAAAAUAAAAAUGUAAUUUAUUUAGCCGGAAGUUUAAUAAGUGCCGCUGUUGCUAUAAUAAAUAAUGAAAAAAAUAAUAAUAAAAUAAAAUCUGAAAGAAAAUCAAUAUUAAAAAACAUUGUAUGAGAAUUAUUAUCCAGGGUACAAUGAAUACUAAUAAACUCAUAUGGUUUGUAUGCUAAUAUAAACAUAAUGACAAUACCAUGGCUGAUUAUAAGCUACCCUUAUUAUUAUUAUUAUUAUUAUUGUUUAUAUUAUA